GGUGGGGAGAUCCGGCGAGAGGGGAGGCUCCUCUGUCUCCUUCCUUCCUGGUUCCUGCAGCAGCCGGUGCCACUUGGCUCCAUGAGGAGGGAGCGGGCGACUUGGAGACGGUGACUCAGAGGCAGAGCUGCGUGCGGGCCAAGGAGCACUGGCGCCCAUGGACCCUGCGGGCCCCCUCAGGACAAGGCGACAUCCUUCCCCUUCCCCCCGGCUCUGAGUCCUCAGCAGGGAGUGGCCGCUCCUUCUCCAUGGACUUCCAAGAGCGGGGUCCCCCCUCGCUGUCCGAGAGCACUCAGUCCGCAAAGUCCAGCAGCGCCCAGCAGGCCUCUGAGCUGUGGGAGGUGGUGGAGGAGCCUCGGGGCCGGCGAGGCGCAGAGGGUGUCAUGCCCGACAGGCAGGAGGGCCACCUGCUCAAGAAGAGGAAGUGGCCUCUGAAGGGCUGGCACAAGAGAUACUUCGUGCUCGAGGACGGGAUCCUUCGCUAUGCGACCACUCGGCAAGACAUCACCAAGGGGAAGCUGCAUGGCUCCAUCGAUGUCCGACUGUCUGUUAUGUCCAUCAACAAAAAGGCCCAGCGCAUUGACCUUGACACCGAAGACAACAUCUACCACCUCAAGAUCAAAUCCCAGGACCUGUUCCAGAGCUGGGUAGCCCAGCUGCGUGCCCAUCGCCUGGCCCAGCGCAUGGACAUGCCCCGCGGCCCGCUGCCCAGCAACUCUCACCGGAAGGUUCCUGGUGCCCAGCUUCCCACAGUGAUUAGUGCCUCAGCUCUGCCUGGGGUUGGACCUCGGGAGAAGGUGUCCUCCUGGUUGAGGGGCAGUGAUGGCCUAGACCGCUGCUCUCACGAGCUCUCGGAGUGUCAGGGGAAGCUGCAGGAACUACACCGACUCCUCCAGAGCCUGGAGUCCCUGCACCGCAUCCCCUCGGCCCCUGUGAUCCCCACGCACCAGGCCUCGGUGACGACGGAGAGACCCAAGAAGGGCAAACGGACCAGCCGCAUGUGGUGCACACAGAGCUUCGCCAAGGACGACACCAUCGGGCGGGUGGGUCGUCUCCAUGGCUCUGUUCCCAACCUAUCUCGGUACCUGGAGUCCCGGGACCACUCAGGACCCCGGGGGCUGCCACCCCCAGACUAUGCCCACCUGCAGCGCAGUUUCUGGGCCCUGGCCCAAAAGGGUGAGUGUGCGCUGGAGGGUGGUGGGAGCAGGGGGCGAGGAGGAGGCUCUGACGGCCUGCCCCUGCCCUCAGUGCACAGCUCCCUCAGCAGUGUCCUGGCCGCCCUCACCGCUGAACGGGACCACCUGAGGGAUCUGCACCAGGGCUCCGAGCUGUCCAGAAUGGGGAUCUCUGAGGCCUCUGCUGGCCCGAGGCGCCUCCAUUCACUGUCCAUCUCCUCGGACACCACGGCGGACUCCUUUAGCUCCCUCAACCCCGAGGAGCAAGAAGCUCUGUACAUGAAGGGGCGAGAGCUGACGCCCCAGCUGUCCCAGAGCAGCGUCCUGUCCCUCGCGGAUUCCCACACGGAGUUCUUCGAUGCCUGCGAGGUGCUUCUCUCUGCCAGCUCUUCUGAGAAUGAGGGCUCAGAGGAGGAGGAAUCGAGCGUCAGUGAGAUCACCACCAGCCUGUCCGAGGAGGUGCUGGACCUCAGGGGAGCUGAGCGCUAUCAGAAAGGGGUGUGUGUUCCAGGGAGAGCUCUGGGGCCACCCCGUCGCCGCUGCCUGCCGGCGGCCAGUGGGCCCGGGGUUGACGUGAGCCUGUGGAACAUUCUGCGUAACAACAUCGGCAAGGACCUGUCCAAGGUGUCGAUGCCCGUGCAGCUCAAUGAGCCGCUCAACACUCUGCAGCGGCUCUGCGAGGAGCUCGAGUACAGCAGCCUCCUGGACCAGGCCAGCCGCAUCGCCGACCCCUGCGAGCGCAUGGUGUACAUCGCCGCCUUUGCCGUCUCUGCCUACUCCUCCACGUACCACCGAGCAGGCUGCAAGCCCUUCAACCCCGUCCUGGGGGAGACCUACGAGUGUGAGCGGCCUGACCGAGGCUUCCGCUUCAUCAGUGAGCAGGUCUCCCACCACCCCCCCAUCUCGGCGUGCCAUGCAGAGUCUGAGAACUUCGUUUUCUGGCAAGACAUGAAAUGGAAGAACAAGUUCUGGGGGAAAUCCCUGGAGAUUGUGCCUGUGGGGACAGUGAACGUGAGUCUGCCCAGGUUUGGGGACCACUUUGAGUGGAACAAGGUGACGUCCUGCAUUCACAACAUCCUGAGUGGCCAGCGCUGGAUCGAGCACUAUGGGGAGGUCCUCAUCCGGAACACGAAGGACAGCUCCUGUCACUGCAAGAUCACCUUCUGCAAGGCCAAGUACUGGAGCUCCAACAUCCACGAGGUGCAGGGCGCCGUGUUCAGCCGGAGCGGCCGCGUCCUCCACCGGCUCUUCGGGAAGUGGAACGAGGGGCUGUACCGGGGACCCCUGCCUGGUGGUCAGUGCAUCUGGAAACCCAACUCCAUGCCCCCAGACCAUGAGCGAAACUUCGGCUUCACCCAGUUUGCCUUGGAGCUGAAUGAGCUGACGGCAGAGCUGAAACGGUCACUGCCUUCCACCGACACUCGGCUCCGGCCCGACCAGAGGUACCUGGAGGAGGGGAACAUCCAGGCCGCCGAGGCCCAGAAGAGAAGGAUCGAGCAGCUUCAGCGAGACAGACGCAGGGUGAUGGAGGAGAACAAUAUCGUCCACCAGGCUCGCUUCUUCAGGCGGCAGACAGAUGGCAGCGGAAAGGAGUGGUGGGUGACGAACAACACGUACUGGCGGCUGCGGGCCGAGCCGGGCUACGGGAACCUCGACGGGGCUGUGCUCUGGUAGCCCCGGCCCUGGGGGCGGGAGGCUCAUCCUCCUCCCUCCCGCCUCCAUUCCCACCACGGACACACGGGCGAGGCCAGGCUCCCCGCCCACACCCCCACUCCCCCGGCUCUGGCCCGCUCCCCUCUGCCGGCCAGAGGGGCUGCCCGUCGCCCAUCCCGUGUUUGGGUGAGAACAGGAUUCGUGCUUCCCCAGGCUCGUUGCCCCCAUAACCGGCAUGUAAGACGCUUCUUGCUCUGUCACCCCCUUUCUUCCCUGCUGGGGGGCUUGGGGGAGACUCUAGGCUCUCCAGGAUCUUUCCCCUGUUUCAGUGCCUUCCUAGGCCACAGGGGACCCCUGGGUGCUCCCCAGGCUUUCUAUGCCCAGGGCUCUGGCCCCAGCUGUGUGGUUGGGGUGAGUGAAGGAGGGGACACACCUGACAUCUUCUUCCACCCCGUCCCUCCCAAGCCCCUCGCCAGCAUCUCCCGUGCCCUGGCCCCGCGGGCUCCCCUUGCUCGGUCCUUCGCCAUCUCUCUCAUCCUCCUGGAUCCCCUUCUCCCAGACUGCAAAACACCUGCCGCUCCCAGCUCCUCCCGCCCUGGUCUCAAGUGGUUUCCUUCAGGACUCCCCCCACCCCAGCCAGACGAGGCCUCUCCAAGGGGCAGGAGCAGGCUGAGCAGGCAGGGCGCCCUGCUCCCAGCCAUCCGGUGUGAGUGAGUGUGUGAGGGUGUGCGUGCGUGUGCGUGCGUGUGCCUGAGAACUGCUUGCAGGCGAGCAGGAUCCCCGAUACGGCCCGGACCUGGGCGUCCGCCACUGUCGCUGCUCAUUUCCACAGUCUGCCUCUCACCAAGGUGAACUACAUUCCAAGCUCAAUAAAGACUGUCCCAAACUUUGGCCUGAGACCAUUCACUUAAACACACGCUCCAGCUCAGCAA